GGAAAAAAAUAUGGAGAACUCAGAUUUCUGUACAGUUUUGCAAAACAUACCAAGUUUAAACCAAAGUAUCUCCAAAACCUAGCAAACGAUGUGAGUUUUUUUUUAAUAGAACUAAUGAACGAACAUUGGGCUUUAAAAUGGCGGGUUUUGAUGAAGGCGAAGCAGAAGCGAUCGCAUCAAAUUGGGUGCAAAAUUUGAGAUUUCGUUUUGCGCGAAUGGGGUUGAAUUAUCACAGCGAGUCGAAAGAGGAUGAAAAAAGCAACGAUAAACUGGUCGAUCCAGGAAGGAAGAGCGUUAAAGAUGUCGAAGAAAGGGUAAUAAAUUAUAGAAAGCCUUUAACAAGUAAAGGCAAGGUAGAAUUAUCUGAUUUAAACGGAGAUUUGAGCUGCAAAAAUGGUGAUAAUUUGAAGCCUUUCGAACCAGAUGUGUCAGCAGAAAACAUCACGUCACAUCGCCUAGAUCAGUGUGAUUUGCCUAGCACAAGAAGUGAAAGGAGUCGGGUCAAUCUCGAAAGCCUUCGAGAAAAACGACUCCAUUUUUUUCAACAGCAAAAGAGCUUGACUACUUCCCCAAGUUUUGAUAAUAAAGAAGCUUUAAAAACUUUGAAUGUUUGUGAUACCCUUAGUAAAUCUGUGAUCCCAAAAGAGUCACAAAAUGUGUCAAAUGAAAAUGAUGAAUUUGAAAAUGCUGUACAUUAUGAUAAGCUCAAAGGGUCGGGGAGGUUUGACGCUUACAAUAAACAGACUACCUCCAAUGAAGAAUCUAGCACAAAGCUUUCGAAAUCUAACAGUAUUGAAAAUUCAAAGAACAUGGCUUGGAAAAGCUCUAAAUCCAAUGCCAUUGAUAGCUCUAAGCCUGACGAAGUUUUGCCGAAAUCUAGAAAUGGAUGCAUGUCGUUAACGCUUGAUUACUUGAGUUUGGAUGACUCAUUAGCAGCUAACGAACAUCAACGAUAUCUGCCGAUUAAUUCAUCUGGGACUCGUAGAUGUACUACAAGUACUAGAGGUUUCGAUAAUGUAAUUAACCGAGAAAUUAGUGGUGGUUUUGGAAAGGAAACUUACGAGUCCAAAGAUGCAUUGCAAGUCUUCCCAAUUGAGAUAGAUGAUGAAGAUUGUGACCUAAGAAUCAGAAAUACUGAGCCAGAAGUCUUGUUAGAUUACAAUAGUGAUUCCGACUCAGACUUUACCUUGGACGACCCUAUUUCAAGACAUACAAGUCCCAGGGUCGAAGACAGUCCGAUAUGGGAACGUCUUUGUCGUAAUUCUGGAACAAUCUCCCCAUUGGCUCAAUCAGUUUCACCGCCUGCGCCACAGAUAACCGGCGCAUUGUACCAUGAAUUUUCAUGCAGCGAUAAAGAGUUAGGUCAAGAAGUUUUAAUUUCUGUUGGUAACAAUGAAAGUAAUAAGGCUCAUCAAAGGCCGAGAUCGUUAUCUCACCCGAGUACCGCUCGAGAUUGUUCAGAAAUGUGUGGGUCAUCGUAUACGUGUUGUUGUGCAAGUCCUAAUGAUGGUGUCAAUGUUGUGUGUAGUGUUUCUUCAACGAAAGAGUGUGUUGAUGUGGAAAUAAGUUAUAGUGAUAGUGGUGAUAUUAUGUCAAAUGGUUGGUUCAAUUCAAGCAAACACAACUUGUCAAGAAAAGAUAAUUCAGUAAAUAAAUCCAAAAGUUAUUCCCAUGGUCAUUUACCAAAUAAACAAAGAGUGACUAAAUCACAAGAUGAUUUGAUGAAUAAUUCUGUAAAGAACUCUGAAUCUUAUGGUACAUUGCCAAAUAAAGAAAUUGACAAUAUAAAUGAACAAUACUUUGAUGUUUGCAUUUGUCCUGCGUGUGACGAGAUCAACCGUGGCAGUUCAAAUUGGUGCUCAGAGUGUGGAGCAGCAUUAGCAAGUACAAAACCUAUCAGCGGCAAAUCAAUUGACUUGCGUAACGAGCCAACCCACACUGGCAAACCUCCAAUACCAAAGACUCAAGCUGGCUCUCAGCCAACAGAAUCUAGCAAAAUAAAUGGACUAAGGCAGUCUCCGUCAACCAAAAAGUCUGUGUCAAUCCCGACAGCUGAUUCGGACUUCCGGAGUGUGAGAAACAAACCCAAACAUAACGGUCGUCGUUGGGAAAAAUCUAACUUAGCUUGGAGCACAUUUCAAGAUAGCCAUCUCUCGAAGCCACCCAGUACGAAGAAUUUAAAAAAUUAUCCUCGGAAAGGCGGUAUUGUUAAAGAGGAAGCUGAUGUAUCUCGGCCAAGAUCAACCUCGUUUAAGAACCCAGGGAAUCAUGGGAAGACAGAUGAUGGAAGUUGUGUGCCAGGAAGCUUGCCGAGAUCCCACAAGUUCCGAGAAUUUAAGAAGAAAAAAGGAAAUUCCUCAGAUCAUGCUGUUGGGAGCUUGGUAAGAAAACAGUUAUUUUUAACCUUGACAUGUACUGUUAUUAAUUAUACUUUUCAACUAGUUUUUAUAGAAAUAAUCUCAAAGUAAUUUUAUUUGAUAACCCUAUUGUAAUUUUAUUUAAUAUCAGACCUUGAAAGGGAUAAAAGCUACGGAAAAGAAAACCAACCGUACCACUUGCAAAACUAAUGGUUCAGGUAUGUACUGUUUGUACAUCAUAACACAUUCUUGGUUGAUUGUUGUAGUACUAGACUUCUAUAAGAUAAGUUGAAAUCUUGAGACCUGAUUCACAUUUAUAUAGCAAUAAUCCUUAAGCUAAUUAGCCAGCACAAAAAUUUGGGUUGAAUCUACUUCCAGACCUUAAACCAAUUACGUAUACUUUAUUCUUCUAAGGUUCUCCAAAGUAUGAUGAAAUAACUGAGAUGGUACAGUAUCUAUGUUUUAUAGCUGUAGUGUUUAAGCUUCAACACUGUAAAGACAAAAAAAAUUCUUGCAAGGAAAAUUUCCCCUCACAGUAACUGUUUUUUUACAUUCACUUCUAGAUUCGAACUAGCCGUGAAAAGCCGCAGCCAUAUUUAUGUCUUCCCGACGAAAUCAUCUUGAGAAUAUUUUGCCAUCUCUCUCAUGCUGAGUUAGCCAGAUGUUCCUGUGUUUGUCAACAGCUUCAACGAAUAUCACAAGAUGAAAUUUUAUGUAAGUAGACACUGGAUCACUAAGAGAUAUGACUCUUACUCAACCUCUAGGAAGAACAGUUUAGAACUGAUAGAGCUAUCCAGUAUAAAUAGAGUUCGUUUAGUUUAGGUUUCCUGCUGUGGUAACACUGGAUCAAUAACAGAUUACUCUUACUGGCCCUCUAAGAAGAACAAUGUAGAACUGAUAGAGCUAUCCAGUAUAAAUAAAGUUAGUUCAGGUUUCCUUUUGUAGUAACAGUAACACUGAAAAAGGAUAUAAAUAAGCUAAAUUUCACUACUUAACCUUCAAGGGAGAACGAUAACCCUAAGACGAAACCAGAAUAUCAAUGACGAAUUUUUGGAAAAGAUCGGAUCUAAGAAACCAGUCAGUUUAAGUUUGAUCAAAUGCCGUGGUAACCUAGUGACGUCCAGUGGCUUGCGAGAGCUGUUUAGACGUUGUGCUGACAAUUUGGAGGUAGGAUAGAGGACUGGUUGAAAAUUUUUAAGCACACAGACAACUAGACGCAAUAUCAUUUGAAAGAAAUUUUUUUGUUGGCAGGAGUUAAAUUUUAUUGGAUGUAACGGUGGUCAACUGAUUGGGGAAUCAAUUCUAUUACAUGUCGCUUUGCGCUGUAAUAAACUUCGUUUAGUGGACGCGAGCUGGAGUAAUGUGGGCGAUAAUGGCGUUGAUGCUUUGGUACAGAAUGUUGAGAGGUCUGUUACGCCUUGGUCUGACUUGCUGCUUGUUUCCUGUUCGAGACACAGUGGUUUGAUUCCUGCAAUAUGCAGUUGUCUGAUUAUAAUUUUACCUCAAUUGCUUGUGAGAAGAUUGCUUCCAGUUUGACCCGAAAAAAGAGCGCAGUUUUUUUUUAGGUACUUCAGCGUCCUCCUGUAGUAACACUGGAUCAAUAAGAGAUGAUCGUUACUGGACCUCUAGGGAAAACAGUUUAGAACUGAUAGAGCUAUCCAGUAUAAAUAAAGUUAGUUUAGUUUAGGGUUUUUUCCUGUAAUAACACUGGAUCAAUAAGAGAAGAUUCUUACUGGACCUUUAGGGAGAACAAGUUAGAACUGAUAGAGCUAUCCAGUAUAAAUAAAGGUAGUUUAGAUUUCCUCCUGUUGUAAGGGAUGAUCCUUACUGGACCUCUAGGGAGAACAAUGUAGAACUGAUAGAGCUAUCUUGUGAAAGAAAUAUGAGUUCGAACUUAUUGUUUUGAACUUAUCGAGGACAUUUUCUCUGCCAGGCUGGAGUGUUUAUGUCUGAAUGGUUGUCAAGCCAUCACUGAUCAUUCUUUAAAGGUGGUCGGUGACAAACAUGGCGAGAGGUGAGUUGAGUCAGUCACUCAGAACACUAAAACCUGAACGUAACUUUUUGUAAACGAGGACUUUUUCUGAUAAUGUACAUGUUCUUUUGUCACUUGAAGUGUUUCUUCAUUUUUAGUUUGAGAACGUUUGAAAUAUUUGGUUGUUUUAACGUUUCUGCGGCGGCUAUAAAACGUCUUGGUCAGAAAUGUCCCAACUUGGAAACAUUGAAUCUUGGACAGUGUUAUAAGGUGGGAAAAUAAAAACUUAUAGUUGACUGUAGAUAAUGAUGGUUCAUUGUUUAAAACAAUACCUUAUUGGUCGCAUAACAAUACCUUAUUAUUCGGGCAACAAUACAUUAUUGUUCUGAAUAGCAAUACAUUAUUGUUCCUGGUUGGUUCUUUAUUUAGAUAACAAGUUCUGAUAUUGGUCGGUUGGUUUCCCACUUAGAAUCAAUAGUCAAUCUGGACUUACGUGGCUGUAAACAGGUUAGGAAUUACUACAAACAAAUAAUUUACUUUAAAGGUGGGUUUUGGUAAGACUUUCGACACAACUUCAGAAAUGUUGACUCGUUUAGGAGCACUAAAAUCAAACCACAUCUCACAAUAUUUUUCUGUGCUUUAUAUUUUAUCUUUUAUGUUUUAGGCGCGUGAUGCUUGCGUGAAAACGAUAGUGAAACAUUGUCCUCAUUUGGUGAACUUGGUUCUAGCGAACUGUCCUUUAAUUACUGACGUGGCUAUGUCUGAAAUUGCCACGAAUCUAUCUGCUGUAAGGUAUGUACCAGUGAUGCAGCCUAUAGGAAAUACCAUACAUACAGAGGUCUCACUUAUUAAUGGUGAUCCAAGCUAUAGACUAAAUUUUGAUCUAGGCAAGAAGAAAGCAGCUGGAAAGAGAAUGUUACAAUUAGUAAAACUGCAAAGUUUGGUUGCGAAAUGUUGUAAAAUGAGGAAAAUAUAGCACUACGACAUUCGCAAAUUUUGUAUUAAUUUGUAUUACGCACGGGAAAAUGCACCACAUUUGGGCCGAAAAUGGUGCAAAUUCCCGCGCGUAAUAAAGUAAUACAAAAUUUACAAAUUUCGUACGGCUAUAUUUCUCCCAUUUUACAACAUUUCGCAACCAAACUUUGCUAUUUUACUAAUUUUAACAUGCUCUUUCUAGCUGUGGUGAUUGAUUUUGUUCUUCUUGCCGAGAUCAAAAUUUAGUCUAUACUGUAGCUGGAAUCACCCAUUUCAGCGGCGUAAGGGAUUUUUCCGGUCCGCCAUUUUCUUAGCAAGUGCCCUAAAAGAGGCUGUCACCCCCCUGAAACAUAUUGAAAUUUAAUGUCCUGGGGGGGGGGGGGGUGAAUGCUUCUAUUUAAGAACACCUGCUAAGAACAUGGCCGCCAGUUAUCCACAGUAAAAAAAGUACCUUACGUUAUUCUGGCCAAGUGAGACCUCUGUAUGGUUAGUACUCUGUGGCCUAGAUCUUGGCCUUGUGACCAUCUUACUUUUUUUUGUAAAGGUGUCUUGAUGUGUGUGGUUGUGUGAAGGUCACUGACCAUGGUGUAAGAGCGCUGGCUCGGUCGUGUAACCGACUGAAUUCCUUAGAUUUAAGUUCCACCAGUAUCACACAGAAAAGGUGGGUCAAAGGAAAGUUAAAAGGAAAUUUUCGUUGCUUUUGGGGCCCUUUUGAGCUGGGAGUCCGCCAGUCCAGGGCAAAGUGCCCCCCUGCUCCGCACUGGUUAUGGUUGAUUCGUCUCUAAUAUAAACUCCGGCUACCGUCGUCUGAUCUACUUCACGUGUUUCCCUUGCAGUGUGAUGUUACUGGCCAGUUACUGCAGUCAAAAUCUUCAGUCGUUGAAGUUAAGUUUUUGUGUUGACGUCACUGAUGAUAGCGUCUCUCGUCUUGUUAAACACUGCAAGAGGUAGGCAGGAUCUAUUCAAGUAUUUUAAGACUGAUUUACACCACACAACGUUUGCCUAAAAACUGUCGCAUGCAACCUGCUUACAACUUGAGUUGUACUGUGUAAAUCAAGCGCACAACUCACCUACGACACUACACAACUUUUACCUAAAACUGUCACAUGCAACCUGCUUACAACUUGAGUUGUACUGUGUAAAUCAAACACACAACUCACCUACGACACUACACAACUUUUGCCUAAAACUGUCGCAUGUAACCUGCUUACAACUUGAGUUGUACUGUGUAAAUCAAGCACACAACUCACCUUCGACACUACACAACUUUUGCCUAAAACUGUCUCGUGCAACCUGCUUACAACUUGAGUUGUACUGUGUAAAUCAAACACACAACUCACCUACGACACUACACAACUUUUGCCUAAAACUGUCACAUGCAACCUGCUUACAACUUGAGUUGUACUGUGUAAAUCAAACACACAACUCACCUACGACACUACACAACUUUUGCCUAAAACUGUCACAUGCAACCUGCUUACAACUUGAGUUGUACUGUGUAAAUCAAGCACACAACUCACCUACGACACUACACAACUUUUGCCUAAAACUGUCACAUGCAACCUGCUUACAACUUGAGUUGUACUGUGUAAAUCAAACACACAACUCACCUACGACACCACACAACUUUUACCUAAAACUGUCGCAUGUAACCUGCUUACAACUUGAGUUGUACUGUGUAAAUCAAGCACACAACUUGCCUACGACACUACACAACUUUUGCCUAAAACUGUCUCGUGCAAUAAAAUCUUUUUUCUUUCUUUUUAGAAUGAAGACUCUUCAUCUAUAUGGCUGCAAAAGACUGCGAAAUAUGAAAGGCUUGCAGAAAUUGAACCGGUCACUUAAACUGGAAUUCUAGUUGUAUUGGUUUGUGAAAAAUAAUGGUCUGUCUUGAUGUGUCCAUGCUCAAUAAAAUAAGAAAGUUAGGAGACUCGAUGCAGAUACAAUAGCCUCAGUAUCAAUGUUUUUGUCUUGGUUUCAACCUCGUUCCCAGGCUCUUACCUCUUGUGGAGGAAAGACCCUGGUCGUAGCUGGUCACGUGAUCUCACGACUGGGUAAUUAAAUCAAGCUAUUGGGUUACUCUAGCGAAAAAAACAAUACACACAUGACGAUGAACCGACCAUUUUUUGCAUAAACCAAGACCAAACGAUAGAUUAUGGGGCCUAUUAUGUCUGUAUCGACUUCCUCACCGUAUUGGCUUAUUCUAUAUUGACUAUGAUGUGUCUGGUGUGAGUCCUUUCCUGUGUUGUGAAAACGACACUAACGCCUGUAGUCUAAAAACUCACUCACACUUGCACUCAAAGAGUAGAGGUUCAAUCUGAGCUCCCUUCAGUGUCAGUGCCAUAGAUAUCUUAUAUACACUAGAUAGCGCAUCUCUUUAAGUAAAAUUGAAGUCAAGAAUAUUCCAGCGAUUACCCCCAUUUGAAUAGAUGGCGACCAUGUUGGAGUUUCCCACUCGCUAAUAAACGCUUAAAAAACAAUAACUUUCAUCAUUUGAACAGUUUGAAAAUGUAUUUGGAAUAGGUUUAACUUAAUGUUUAAGUUCUGUGUUUAAGAAAUAGAAAACAUACGAGUCUUCUCAUUUCAUGGGAAUAUCCUGAGUCUGCAAUUACGGCUUAGAUGCACUAACUAGUGUAUAUAAGAUAUCUAUGGUCAUUGCUGUUUUUGAAUAGCUGGAGGAUUAGUGUCAUACCUUACUAUGUGACUGCUCACCCUCCAGCUAUUCAAAAACAGCACUGACACACAAGGAAGCUCAGAUUGAACCUCCACUCUUGAGUGUGAGUGCGCUUUUAGAAUACAGGCGUAUAAUUUACAGAUUGACUUUAAUUGAAUGCAAUUAAUGUACACUCUGUCUGCCAGUGUUAAAUAAAUAAAUAUAUGCACU